AUUUAUAAGAGUCCUAGGCCCCAUAUAUUACGAGAAUUCAUCGAUACAUGCCAAGAAAACCCUUACCCAUUCGUUGCCGACUCGCGGCGCUUCAUUUACCAAUCAAAAGCUGCGGACGUCAGACACUCCAUCCCCAAUCCCUCACCUCACACGUGCAACGAACACGCCACCAAAGAGGCCGAUCUCAUGGCUCCAAAGUUAAGGUGAUGAACGAUUCGAGCGUGGACACAAUCGCGAGUGGAAUGUGUUGUUGAAAAACCUCGCGCAAAUAAAAGAAAUUGAGGCUGGGAAACAUGAUACGCAUGACAUGAUAAGAUCGGUUUUUGACUGCUUGGGAAAAGGCGAAUGGCGUUGGGGAAAGAAGAGAACAGAGCAGAAGAAACGAGAAAGAGACGUCAAGGAUAGAAUAAAAAGAAGAAAUCGAGAGUCAGUCCAAACCCACAAAAGGUAAAAGGUAAUGCAGUUGGAGAGGGAAAAAUCAGAGCCAUAGAUUUGGAAAAAAGGCGAAGCUGGGGCUUUAGUGAUAGGCUGGUACUGUUGUUGUGGUUUCUCUCUGGUGAUAUCUUUUGUUGCGCUUUCGAAGAGCUAAGGGAGGCUGAUUAGUGGAUUUAUGACGGCUGAGUUUGAUCUGGUUUUGAUUGGGGCUCAGUUGCAGCUCUGGCUUUUAUCCUCAACAACAAUUGUUUCUUCUUACUAUUGCAUGAUCCUCUGCUUCUACUGGCAGAGACUGAAUCUCGUGUUCCCGACAGCUUCGAUGCGUUUGAUACCAAAAAGGACUUGUUCUGGAGUAAAGUGUUUUGGGGGUUUUCACAUAAAACAACGAUUCUUCUAUCUUUUCUUGUUUCUCAGAGGGGCUCAUACUUGAUAACACCGGUUUGAUAGUCUCAGAUUUUGUUUACUCUUUUUGCCCUUGAUUUUGUUUUCAUAGUUGUCCGCAAUUUUCCGGGUAUUUUGAGGGGGGUUUUAAGUUAGUUGUUACCAGUUUUUGCUGCCAAAAAUGUCAUCUCGAAAACAUACCAUGAAUCUAAAUAAAUCCUGCAAAAAGUCCAAGAAAAUCCAAUCAAUCGUUGGUGAAGAAGAAACCCAAAUGAUAAGAAAAGUUCGUGUUAUCUUUCAUGAUCCUUAUGCCACCGAUUCAUCUUCAAGUGAAGAUGAAUCAGAGAGAACUAUUGCUAGGAAGGCCCCAAGGGGAAAACGUGUUUUUCAUGACAUUAAACUUCCUGUUUUAGGUUUGGCUUCUCGGUCAAAACCUCUUGAAUUUGAGACAUCAUCUCAAGACAGUAACUCUAAAACCCCUAUUAGCAGGAAAAGGGCUUUGAGUAAAAUCCUUGAUGAGAAAUCUCUAGUGGCUAAAACCAAAAAACCUGUUGGUGUUCGUCAAAGGAAGUGGGGCAAAUGGGCUGCAGAGAUCAGGCACCCACUGAAGAAAAACAGGAUUUGGUUGGGAACGUACGACACCCUUGAAGAUGCAGCUAAGGCUUAUGAUGCUAAAAAGCUCGAAUUUGAGGCUUUGGCUGCUGCUGCUGCUGCUUCUGCUUCCUCUGAUAAAAGCAAUGAUGCUUCAUGUUCAGCUGCUCCAUCUCUCAACAGUAGCUCUGUUCCUGCUACUUCUGAAGAGUCUGAGAGCCUUUUAUCACAUACUUCGCCAUUAUCAGUGCUCGAAUUGGAUACUUCUGAAUCUGUUUCAGCCUCAAAUAACAAUGAUGAUUGUGGGGGUGCAAACAAAGUAGAGUUUGAUGCAAACUUUGCCAAUUUGCAGAUACCGGAUUUCUGUUUCAUUGAUGAUCCAUUACUGUCUGGUUCAGUUGGACAAGAGCUUAACUUAGAUGCAGAGCCUGCUGAUUAUCUGUUUGUCAAUGGUUUUGGCAUGACGUUGCAGGAUUAUUGCAGCAUUGAAGACCUCAGUAUUUGUGGGAUCGAAGCUGAUGAACCUAGUGAGCUCCCUGAUUGUGAUUUCAGCACUGAUGAUUUUCUUUUUGGCGAAGAACCCCCCCUCAACAUUGUAUGCCCAUAAGUUUUGCAGUUAGGCAUUAGUAGUAUUAAUUCAAUGGUAUAAUCUUAGUAGUUGGGAGUAUAUUUAAGUUUUUAAUUAAUGUUUGAGGGUAUCAGAGAUCUCAGGGACUCUCCAAGAUGAGAUAAUUGGGAACUGCUUUUUUGUGAGUGAGUUAAUUUACAUGUUUUCUGAAUUAAAGAGGAAUGAGCCUCCUCCUCUUGAGGGGUGAAAAAUCCUUUGGUUUUUUUCUUGUGCUUCUGAGCCGUCCAAGGGAUUUAGCUAUCUGAGAAAACUGCUUGAUCUGUUGAUCAAUUUUGAUCUUUAUCGCUCAUCCUCACAUGUUUAAGAUAUUAUAUUUGGAAUAAAGUUUCUAUUUGAUAUAA